AUGGCUUCCUUCAAGACUGCCGUCCUCGCUUCACUCGCCGGUGCCGCCGCCGCCCGCUCGGUACCCGCCAACGUCCAGAGCCUCUACAACUCCAUCGUUUCCCAGGGCUCUUGCAGAAGCCCACUUGCCACCGGCUUUUACAGCUCAGACGGUGAUGGUGGUUCCACCUCCUACUGUGGUGACCAUCUUGCCGAUUAUGGUAUCGUCUACCUUCAGGGCACCAACGGCAGACUCGCCAACAUGGACAUCGAUUGUGAUGGUAUCCAGGGUGGACCUGCUGAUGAUGGCCGCUGCGGUGACUCUGGUGAUACCCAGGACGUAACCGCUUUCUCCGAUACUGUCCGAAACUACGGCACCGGCCAGAGGGAUCUUGACGCCAAUGCCCACCCCUAUGUCGUCUUCGGUAACGAGGGUAGCGGAAACUGGGACACUUGGGAUCCUCAAUCCGUUGGCGUUGAGCCUCUCUCCGUCAUGGCCGUUGUCUGCAACAACAAGCUGAUCUACGGUGUCUGGGGUGACACCAACGGUGACGACGGUGAAUUCCCCGUCGUUGGCGAGGCCUCCAUCUCUCUUGCUACCGCCUGUUUUGGCAACAGCAUCAACGGUAACAACGGCCACGACCAGACUGACGUCCUUUACAUCGCCUUCACCGGCUCCAGCGCCGUCCCCGGUGCCCGAGGUGCUCAAUGGAACGCCCAGGACUACAACGACUUCGAGAACAGCAUCAGCGCCCUCGGCGACAGCCUCGUCGCUCGUAUCGGCACCACUGGCGGCGGCGAUCCAGGCAACGGGGGUGGCACUCCUCCUUCCGGCGGUGAUUGUUCCUGGGAGGGCCACUGCGCUGGUGCUUCUUGCGGAAGUGAUGAUGAUUGCUCUGACGACUUGACUUGCAGCAACGGAUUCUGCGGCGGCAGUCCUCCUAGCGGCGGAAACGGUGGUGGUAACGGCGGUGGCAGUUCCGGUGACUGCUCGUGGGAGGGCCACUGUGCUGGUGCCUCUUGCGGUAGCGACGAUGAUUGCUCUGACGAUCUUACUUGCUCCAACGGCUUCUGCGGUGGCAGCUCCGGUGGUAGCAGCGGCGGCGGUAGCACUAGUUGCUCGUGGGAAGGCCACUGUGCUGGCGCGUCUUGCGGUAGCGAUGAUGACUGCUCUGACGACCUCCAGUGCUCCAACGGCCGAUGCUCCAACUAA